AUGCAGAUCUUCGUCAAGACGCCGUCGGGGAAGACGAUCACGCUCGAGGUCGAGGGCGGCCACGACAUCGCCGACGUCAAGGCCAGGAUCCACGACAAGGAAGGUGUGCCGCCGGAUCAGCAGCGCCUCAUCUUCGCAGGGAAGCAGCUGGAAGAAGGCCACACGCUGGCGGACUACAACAUCCAGAAGGAGUCCACGCUUCACCUCGUGCUCCGCCUCCACGGCGGCAGGGGCGGCACCGGCAAGGGGGGAACCUACCCACCAAUCGAGCCCAACCUCCUUCAGCUCGCCCUCAAGUACAGGCAGCGUAAGCUCAUCUGCCGCAAGUGCUAUGCACGCCUUCCCCUCAGGUCUGCCAACUGCCGCAAGAAGAAAUGUGGCCACUGCAACGAGACGAGGACCAAGAAGAAGCUGAAACCCAGGGACCCAUGA